GAUUCCGACUAGACCUCCAAGCGCACUGCUGACUCCCAAUCUAAUCGGGAUCUGAAUGCGGGCGGGGAGCCGCGGAGCGGGCUGGGGGACCCUGGCGAGCCCGAGUCAGAGAAGUUCCUCAUCUCAGCGUCCAGACUUUGGAUCUCGAACCCUGCCCCCGGCUCGGUUGCGGAAAUGGACUAUUUCCUCCCGGCUUGGGACCCAGACGCCGGGCUCCGGAGUCUCGCGUGCGGCGAUCUCGGAGGCCAGAGAGAUUGGCUGGCUCACGCCAUCCGCCUGCUCCUGGAGUACACAGCCUCCAACUAUGAGGAGAAGAAGUACACGAUGGGGGACGCUCCCGACUAUGACAGAAGCCAGUGGCUGAGCGAAAAAUUCCAGCUGGGCCUCGACUUCCCCAAUCUGCCCUACUUAAUUGACGGGUCUCACAGGCUCACCCAGAGCAACGCCAUCCUUCGCUACAUUGCUCGCAAGCACAACCUAUGUGGGGAGACAGAAGAGGAGAAGAUUCGUGUGGACAUUUUGGAGAAUGAGGUUAUGGACGUAUCCAAUCAGCUGGCUGGAGUCUGCUAUAGCCCUGACUUUGAGAAACUGAAGCCUGAGUACUUGAAGGCACUCCCCGAAAAGAUGAAGCUCUUCUCACAGUUUCUGGGGAAGAGGUCUUGGUUUGCAGCGGACAAGCCCACCUAUGUGGAUUUCCUGGCUUAUGACAUCCUAGACCUGCACCGUAUAUUUGAGCCCAAGUACCUGGACGCGUUCCCAAACCUGAAGGACUUUGUGGUCCGCUUAGAGGAGAGACAGGGCUCAGUGAUGCUGGCUGUGGAACGAUGUGCAGGAGCAUGAGGGGUCCCGCUGUCUGACAGCCAGAGUGAUACUGUCCGUGUACCACAAGGACCAGGCUGCCCAGCCCACCUGCCCUUGUUCUCUGCCCAGCUCUCAUCAUCUCGUCCCUGAUCUGCAGCUUGGCGGUUGCAGCAACAGCCCCCGUGGGAAACGGUUUCUGGGUCCUCUCUGCAGACAGCUCUUUCUGCUCUCUGGUCACCAGGGGAGUGGGUGCUCUGGUCUCCUUCCCGCUAGCUGGAGUCGCCCUCUCACUCUGUAAGGCUGUUUGUUUUUUAAAGUUCCACUCAUCUGUUUUCACAUAUCUGCUACACUUUGUAAUGUCCUUUAAAAAAGGAAAGUAACCACAGGCCACACUAUGUCGUCCGUAGUUCCCGAGUUUCGAAACAGUCCUGUGCCUUCAAAGAGAAAAGCUGGCAGGUAAGACAUGUUCUUGUGGCUGUACCACAGGUCACAGGUCACAGAGGGACAUCAAAGGCCAUGUGAGCCACCCUCUCAUAUGCCAAAGCACACAUAAGUCAGGAGCCAGGGUCAGGGCUGGAAUCGUGGACCUUGACAGCAGAGGGUCAACAGGGCCCAUACUGGCUGGUCCUGUGAGUGUCCUCCAGGGUCCUACCGGCCAACCCUCCACCCUCUGGCUACCUUCUGCAGCAGUACUGGCUUCUGGCCCCUCAGAGGACAGCCCUGCUCCACUCCCUCGCGUUCUGUCUGUGACCACCAUGCUCUAGGUCACUCUGUCAGUGUCAGAGACAUCUCGCUGGCUGGCAGGACAUCUGGGGCUGCACCUUGAUUCUCGGCCUCUGCAAAGGGGCUGGUUCUGGACUUAGCUUCACCUUGUAGACCAUACAGCUAAUCGAUUAGGGUACACACCAGGGUCUUGGACUCGUGUGCCUGGAGUGGGGCUGCGGGAUCCCCCGUGGGGCAGCAGGCCCUGAGGUCUGGCCUUCUUUUUCUGCCGUCAGGGCCUGGAGAAGAUCUCUGCCUACAUGAAGUCCAGUCGCUUCUUCUCAACUCCUUUGUAUACAAAGAUGGCCAUGGGCAAAUAGGGCCCGGAGAAGGGAGCGAGCACCCCGUUUUGUGCUUGUUUAUCUGAGUCCACACAGCCAGAUACCUUGAACCCCCAGAACCUACAGUCUUUUUUUUCUUCCUCUUUUCUUUCCUACUCUCUGUGCUCAGGUCCUCAUUUGCCCUAAUACUUUCUCCAAUUAUAGGUUACCCAGGAUCUGAAAUCUCUACAGCACCCCAGUUUUCUGAGUGAGGUCUCCAUUCUGACAUUGUCCUUCCUGCACAAUAAAUGAUAUAUCCAAAAAUACAACCCAGUGAGAAAAGGGCCCCGUACUGAGCAGGCAUUUCCCCAAAGACGUCCCCAGAGAGAUGUCUGGGGGUAAAGGGAGAGGAGUCUUGUACUUUUUGUGAUUUGGACUUGGCUCCCAAGUGCAUUGCCUACAUAUCCUUGCGAGAUCCCCAGUGGGGCAGGAUACCCUGAGGUCGAGACUUCUUUUUCUUCCUUCAGAGCCAGAGGAAGAUCUCUGCCUACAUGCAGUCCAGCGAUUUCUUCCCAGGUCCUCUGUUUCUUAAGAUUGCAGUGUGGGGCAACAAAUAGGUCCUUGUACAGCCAUGAUUUAGGAGGAGGAAGUACUACGAGCCUGGAGAGCAGAUGGAGCUCCUUGUACCCCUAGAAGCAGCUGUCUUGCUUCCUUCUUCUUCUCACUCCCUUCUCUUCACUCACCAGAUUUAUUUUGGGCCCCCUGACUGUCCUCCCAACCCUCUUUCCAUCUGGGCCCUCUAAAGCGCAGUUUCUCACCUUUCUUCAGUGGUAUUCCUACCCCACCACGUUAACCCUCUGGCAAUGAAGCCAACCAGGCCAACCUUCCAUUCAGUGGUUGCUCUGCUUUGAGGAGUCUGACUGGACCCCUGGCCUGUAGAGCUCAGCCCUGGGCUCCUAGCACUGUCCCGAAGACCAACACUGGCCUGGUGUGCAGGCCCUACUUCCCCAUCAUGGUCCUUGACCAGUCCUCCCUGAUCUCCAGUAAAGUCGUAAUCACACCUACUUAUCUUUUUCUUCCGUUUUGGAUACUGGACUCAGGUAAAGUGUGUUGGAUAUUGGGGUGUCCAUUUUCUCUUCCGUAGUACGCAGGGUCUGGGUAAUGGUGGUGGUGGUAGCGGUGGUGGUGUCUGUGUAUUUGGUGGCAGGGAAGGGGACAUGUUGAUCAUAAAGUUUCUUGCUCAUUUCUGUCUCUCCUUCAUGUACCUUGUGCCUCAGUAUGGGGUCUCUAGAGAAGAGGGGGCCUUGGUCCCUCCUUAAUCCAGCAUUUAUGGGACCCCGCCUUUGAGCUCGCAGCACUCUGACAUGGCUCAGGGGGCUCUCGGGUGGUAGGGAAGGCGGUCCACUGAGAGUGGGGCCUGAGAGACCACCCGCUGUCACCCUUUCUCAGCAGCAUUUCCUGCCGUGGAUGCCCUUUCCCUGUGCUCUCAGCGAAUCUCAGUCAGCCUGUCCCACGUAGCACAGUUGUCGCUUCACUUAUUUCCCGCUCCAGCUCGAUCGCAAAUUCAUCGAGGAGAGAAUCCAUGUCUCACCAUUUUACCGCCCAAACCCUUAGUCGAUAAACUCUGGAAAUUUGAACUAUCUCUAGGUGACACUCAGGCAAAUUCUAUCACAGCUAUUGGAGAUCAUGAAUAAAGCUCAGGAGAUUUUAAAUGUG